CCUGGAGGUGAGCCCACCCCAGUGUGGAGCUGGAGUGGGACAUUCCCGGUGCCCUCCGGGACACCCAGGAGGUUGUCUGACCUCCUGCCCUCCAGUGACAACCUCCAGGGAGGUCCUGUUACCGGGAGAUAGAGUGCAUUCCACGGGCACAUUCCACAGCCUCCACGUCUGCUGGGAAGGCCCUGCACCUCCAGGCACCUCCAGCCAUGGCGUAGGGCCGUACCUUGGGCCGUUCCCAGCUCCAGGGGCCCAUUCCCUGAGCCAGGAUGCCGUCCCUGCCGCAGGACUCGCCCGCCGCGGGGUUGGGGACGGGGUUCCCCAUGGUGAGGGGUCCCCCCUCCGAGCUCAUGGGCUUCUACAUCACCUCCUACGAGGUGGCCUUCGGGAAGAGGCCCACGGGGUCGCCCCAAAAGUUGGAGGAGGGGCGCGUUUUGGGGAUUGAGCCCCCCGGUGACAGGAGCGUGCACCCCCUCCUCGGCGUCCACACCGGCUCGGGAUACGUCACCAACAACUACUCGGCACUGGGAUCCCUGAUCUCCCCGCACGUGGAGCGCCAGGACACCGACGUGUCCACCACCUCCGAGGACUUCAAGGUCUUCGGGCGCCCGGAAUACCAAAGGAUGUUGCCCGAGCACGUGCAUGAGCCGGAGUGUCGGUGUCCCACUGACUUCUCCUUUUCCCGCCUCCGUUUCGGGGAGGUGAGAGCCCCAAAAGCAUCCGGGGAAUAUGGCACCCAGAGCCACUGCGCCAGUCCUGCCAAGCCAGAUGUCCCACCGAGGGCGACGGAGCUGUCGGUCUGCACCGGGACCACCCAGAGGAGCGACCUCACCGUGCCAGAGCAGCCCCUUGAUGUUGGUGAUGGUUGGAUGGAUUCCGUUCCUGCCAAAUGCAGCAUUCCCCAACCUGCCAUGGGCCAUCCCGCCCCCUUCGCCCCGCCGGAGCUCCAAGUGGGACCCAAGGGAGUCACUACCUGGAAGGAGCCGUUGGCAUACAGCACUGUCCACAACCAGUACCUGACCAAUCUCUCACCGCUGGCCCCCGUAGCACCAGGCUGGUGGGCACAGCCUCCAAUCACCUGGGCCCCAAGAUCUGUGGAGGGCAUCCAGAUCCCAAGUCCCAGUGGCUUCAGCACCAACAACCAGCCCACCAACCUGUGGCGCAUCGACGACCCCCUGACAUGACCCCCCACAAAAAGUGCUGCUGCAUCCUGGGAGUCCCAUCCUCGGCUUUUCCCAAAUCUCCCUAGGAGGAAUAAAGACCCUGCGCAAUGCCA